GGGACUAGGAUGGAAGAAAUAGGGUCCAGGGGUUAGGAAUCAACCCACAAAAUUCCGUUACAGUUCUUAAGUGAGCGGUAGGUAACAGACUUUAGAGAGUGUGUAAUCCAAAUCUUGUUUUUGCUGUAUUGGACCCAUCCAUUUUUCGAUAAGGGAAGUGAAGUCCAGAGGAGUGGCAGCACACUGGCCAAGGUCACGUAGCUGGUUGUACUCUGAGUGAAGCUGGGAGGAGUUUAGUCCAUUACACCAAAGAGUGCCCCAUUUGUUGUUGUUUGGAAGUGUUUGCUAGAGUCAGCUUUAUUUUUAACUGAGAGUCAGAAUUCCUGUAGUUCUCACACUGUCCAGUUCCUCUUACCCAACAGCUGAAUUGUGGGUCGGUGGCUGAGCUGUUUAAAUUAACUGUGUGAAAUUGGAUACUCACAGCCGGAUUGUCCUAAUGAACGCCAGGGUGACUUUUAAGAACCCUCCUUGGGCUUUAACCUGGCUCCCCUUUCUCUAGCCUUACCUGCAGAGACUCCUCCAGGCAUUCAGGGAAUGGGAAUGGCCUGGGAGGUCAUUUCUGGGGAGACUAUGGAGCUUUCCUGAUCAGAAGUCCUAAUCUUCUGAGGUAGUCUGUGUGCCUGUAUGGAACAGGAGGGGUGACUAGUGAGGGGGCGCUUGGGGUGAGCUGGCUGUUCUCCAGAGUGGCUGAUACAGCUUCUAGGAUUACCGGCCACUGUCCACCAGUCUCUCAAAAUACACGUUAUCUUUUGCACGUGCAAAAUUCCCAGUUAUCCUCUGGAGAAACCAUAGAGUGGCAUAGCUUCUAGGGAUCAUCUAAUCUAAACCCUUCAUUAUACAGAGAAGGACGUUGAGGCAAUUGAAAGAGGGAAAUGACUUGUUCUUAGCCACACAGUUAAUAGUAAAAACUAGAAUCCGGUUUUCUUAACUCUCAGUUUGUUGUUCUUUGCACUAUUCUGGAGUUUCCUUUAGAGAACACCAAGGCACUUGAUAGGUUUAGACUCCAUGGCACAGUAGAAAAGAGCACUGACUGAAGUCAGAAGACCGGAGUUCCACUCCCACGUUGGAUCCUUGAUACUUGUUUGUUUUGACCUUUUAAAAGUUUUGAGAGACAUGGUUUCUGGGUAAUUUAAUCAUUUUAUUAAUAAGGCCAGCAGGUUAUUAAUAAAAGGAUGGUCAUUUGGCCAUUGGAGAGGAGGUGUUCCACAGGGAUGCCUACUCAACCCUGAUUGGUUAAUUAAAUGGGAGGUGGGCUAUCUUGGGGUACUUGACUUAGGUCAGUAAAAUCUCGGUCAGUGACCUGAAUUUCCAUAUCCCCUGUCUUGAUAAUAGGGAGAAUCAACAUUGAACAAACACAAUGAGCAGGAAUUAGCCCAAACUUAGAAUUUCUUUUACUGCCUGAUUAGAUCUUGGCAUGGGUAAAUCUCUUAAGACAAAUUUCCCACACUGGUUGGUUUCUGGAUGAGGAAGUAGAAAAGGGGAAAAACCUUGGUCCUAAUACAAUAAUUAAUUAUUAAAUAUAAGAGAGAAAUAUUUAUUUCUCACAUUGUCCUUGAAGUAACAUAGUCUCAGUUUACUAAUCUGUAAAGUGAAGGAUUUUGGACUAGAUAGCUGCUUAGGUCCCUUCCAGCUCUGAGUCUAUGAACCUUUGGCACCAUCCUGCUGCUUGUGAAGUUAGAGCCCCCACAGCCUUCCCCAGGUGGAUCAUGGCAGAAUUCUCCCAGAAGAGGGGGAAGCAACGAGACGACGACCCGCUAAGCAGUGCCGUGGACUUCCUCCUGGCCAAUGCCAGGCUGGUGCUAGGUGUGGGUGGUGCUGCUGUCCUGGGUAUUGCGACCCUGGCAGUGAAGCGGCUCAUUGACCGUGCUACCAGCCCACCUGACAAGGACGACGUCAAAGCGGAGCAGAAGUCCAUCGAGGAAAGUUGGCAGGAGCUGAAUCUGCUCAAGGCCUCAACUAGACCUCAGCCAAAGCAGAGGCGAGAUGACCUCAACCAGCUACAGCCUUCCUCAGACCAGGUUCCUCGUACCCCAGAACCAGAACCACCCGGAGACCCUGUGGCUGUGACUGUGUCCAAACUCAGCCCCAGUCCCCCAACACCAUUAUGCCUUACGCUGCAGGAGAGACUCCUCAUGUACUAUCAGAACCGUGUGGUUGUCUCUGAAUCUGACGUCACCCUGGCCAAACAGCUGGCUGGUGACAUUGCCUACGAGUUGCAGAAUUUCUUGCGCGGUAAAUUCCCAGAGCUGCCUUUCGGGGAUCUGUCUCCAAGCAGCACCCUGUAUGACGGGCUGGAGGCUGUGGCUGCCGACCGCACUUGCCUGCUAGUGCCACUGGUGCUAGAGCCCAACCUGUGGAGCUUCAUUCCUGGAGAAGACACCAUUGCCAAUGAUCCUUACUACUGGGUGAUUCGAAGGACUCAGUUGGAGUACUUUCCCCGAGGAAGUAGCCCCUGGGACCGGUUCAUAGUAGGUGGCUACCUCUCCUCCAGUGUCAUCCUCGAGGUGCUCCGGAAGGUCCUGGUAGGUUCUAUCAACUGGCCAGCCAUUGGCAGCAUGCUAGAUUGCAUCAUUCGCCCUGGAGUGGCCUCAGAGGAGCUCCUGCUGGAGGUUCAGCAUGACCAUUUGGAGCUAAGAAUUGUCAUCUUUCCCACCGCAGGGAGUGAGGACAGAACCCUGCUGGCCAAGCCUCAGGAAGGACUGUUGGAAAACCUUUGGCAGCAGGACUUCUACCAGGCUGAGGUCUCUAAGCUGCAUGAGCUAGAUAGUGCAGAUUCUGGUGCCCGGCGCCUCUGUCUGCGGCUCCUGCAGGGCAUCUGCAGGCACCAUCCCGCACUGAACAGGCUGAGUGUAAGCCACUUGGCACAGGUCAUCCUCCACCUCAGUGAGACAGAGACAGACUGGGCUCCGGAUUCCUUAGCAGAUCGGUUCCAGCAGGCCAUCAUAGAGCUGAUUGGCUACCUGGAGGAGGGGUCUCUCCCCUGCUAUUUUAAUCAGCACAUUAAUCUUUUUGGCAGUUUGCAUGAAGAGGAGAUAGAUGACAUGGGCUUUGCUCUGUAUAAUGUUGUGAUGGCACCAGAGCUCUUGUUAUAGACAGAAAGGAUUAAUGAAAUGUGAUCUUGGAAGAUUUUUUUAAAUGUUUAGCUCCUUCAGCUCUGGGAGUCUAAGGGGAGAAGUAAAGAGUUUUUCCUCUUUAUUUUCUAGCCAGCACAAGGUGGACAUUUUGGAGAAAUAAAAAGAGGGUACAUUUCUUAAGCACACUGAGUUGGCAGCUGUCUUGGGCAUGGAUUGGAACAAACUUAGGGUUCUGUGCCUCUGAGCUCACUUAGAUGUUCCUAGAGCUUCACAGUGAUCAGUCAGUCAUUUCAAUCCAGCUGAUGGUGACCAGGCCACCACCUCUCUUUGCUUAAUUUGUCUCCCUUGGGACGGCCCCUUUUGGAAAGACAAAGGCCUGAGUCUUGGACAGAGAAUGGAGAGCCUCUCUGUUUUAGGUGGCAGGCAAGAGCCAUAGGACAUCAGAUUCCCCUCCCGCCCCCCAUUAUAAACCCGAAUCCAUAGCCCAAAGGCCCUUGGGACUGAAGGACAUCUGUCUCUGGGUUGGCCACAAAAUACAUUAUGUCACCAGCACUGAAGUGAUAAUAUGAAAAUCCUGAAGAGUGAUGGGAGGGGAAGGAAAUUAGACCUUUUUUUAACCCAGGAGAAAAUUAUUUAUUUGUUCUAGUGUUUAUUACAGUGAUUGAGGCUCUAAAUUUUCUGGGGACAGUAAAGCAAAGAGUAGUUAGCCCAAGGGUCAAGGAGUCCAAAGUAUUCUAAGCCUCUCUGAAGGAAGUGAACAUUUAAUGCAAGGCAGGUUUUCUGUUGCUUAAAAGGCUCCCGCCAGCUUUUACCUGCAGGCAUUCAGCCAGAUUCUCUUGCAUGCUUUGGUCUGCUGGAGAUCUCAUCUUCCUUCAGAUAGCGCUUUCUCCAGUGGGAUUUGUACACUAUGAGAUGGCCCCCAACCAAGAGCUGAAGCCCUUGAUUCUGUGUGUCUUGCCUUUGAAGAAAGAAAUGUUUUCUAGUGGCUGCUAUUAAAUUAAUUUGGGUAUUAAGAGCAUUACACAGAAAUGAACCGUUUUCAAAGAGGCCUAGCUUUCAAAACCAGGUCGUUUGUGUGCCAAAAUGUAUUAUUCACAGUUAAUGUGUGACUUCUUUCAUUUGGUUAAAGUUGGUGGGAGGUGGUUUUUUCUCUCACUGAACCGCUUGUCAUCUUAGCGGGUCUUUGGUCUCCUCCACUGCUGGAAGAAGUCAGUUUCUCAAAGAACGUGAUGGAGAAUAAAGGAGAAAAAUGAUCUCA